GCCGGGCAGGGGCCUCCCGCCGUGAGCCCGGCCGGGCCGCAGGGCGUUAGGGCCCAGGUGGCGCCCGGUGGCCUCGACGCCCAUGUGCGUCGUCUGCUUCGUGAAGGCGCUGGUGCACGUGUUCAAAAUCUACCUGACCGCCAACUACACCUACAACUUCCGUGACUGGCCGGUGGACUUCCGCUGGGACGACGUGUGCGCCGCCGCCGGGGGUGGCAGCGGUCACGGCGCGCUGACGUGCGCGGCGGCCGCGGCGGGCGUGUGGCUCCUGCGUGGCGCGGCGCUGGGCGGGGAUGCGCCCGGGCGGCCGUCGCGCGGGGCGCGCAGCCAGGCGCAGUGCCUCCUGCAGCAGAUCCGCGAGCUGCCCGGCCAGCUGGCCAGCUACGCGCUGGCCCACUCGCUGGGCCGCUGGCUCGUGUACCCUGGCUCCAUGUUCCUGAUGACACGCGCGCUGCUGCCGCUGCUGCAGCAGGGCCAGGAGCGCCUGGUGGAGCGCUACGGCGGCCGGCGCGCCAAGCUGGUGGCCUGCGAUGGCAACGAGAUUGACACGAUGUUCAUGGACCGCCGCCAGUGUCCGGGCGGCCAGGGCCGCGGCCUGCGCCUCGUCAUCUGCUGCGAAGGCAACGCAGGCUUCUACGAGAUGGGCUGCCUCGCGGCGCCGCUGGAGGCCGGCUACUCGGUGCUGGGCUGGAACCACCCGGGCUUCGGGGGCAGCACGGGCGCGCCGUUCCCUCAGCAUGAUGCCAACGCCAUGGACGUGGUGGUCAAGUACGCGCUGCACCGCCUGCACUUCCCACCCGCGCACGUGGUGGUCUAUGGCUGGUCCAUCGGCGGCUUCACAGCCACCUGGGCCACGAUGACGUACCCGGAGCUGGGCGCGCUGGUGCUGGACGCCACCUUCGACGACCUCGUGCCACUGGCGCUGAAGGUCAUGCCGCACUGCUGGAAGGGGCUGGUGGUGCGCACCGUGCGCGAGCACUUCAACCUCAACGUGGCGGAGCAGCUGUGCCGCUACCCCGGGCCGGUGCUGCUGCUCCGGCGCACGCAGGACGACGUGGUCAGCACCUCGGGCCACCUGCGCCCCCUGCCGUCCGGCGACGUGGAGGGCAACCGCGGCAACGAGCUGCUCCUGCGUCUGCUGCAGCACCGCUACCCCGCCGUGAUGGCGCGCGAGGGCCGCGCCGUCGUGACCCGCUGGCUGCGCGCCAGCAGCCUGGCGCAGGAGGCCGCCUUCUACACGCGCCACCACGUGGAUGACGAGUGGUGCCUGGCCCUGCUGCGCUCCUACCGCACGCGCUGCCAGGACCGGCAGGAGGACGAGGAGGCCUGGGGGCCCCACGGGCUCGCCUUCCCCUGGCUGGUGGGCCAGGGCCUGAGCCCUCGGCGGCGCCGGCAGCUCGCGCUGUUCCUGGCGCGCAAACACCUCAAGAACGUGGAGGCGACUCACUACAGCCGGCUGGAACCAGAGGACUUCCAGUUGCCCUGGAGACUGUAGACCUAAC